CAUUUGAUUCUACAUAAAAAAAAGGUACAAGUCUUGACAAUUUUGACCAAUUGUUGACUUUGGUCAACAGUUGACUUUUUGGUCAACAUUGACCAAAGUCAAUCCAUUAUCCAAAAGCCCAAAAUUUUCACCACAAUCAUCAAUCAUUUGUCCAUUUACAAGAAAAAUGCAAAUAAAAUUGAAUUUUAACCAAUUGUUGACUUUGGUCAACAGUUGACUUUUUGGUCAACUUUGACCAAAGUCAACCCUAUGCCAUUGGUCAUCCCUAAUCACUAAAUGGUUGGCCAUAACUCUCAUUCCAUUAUCCAUUUCCAUAUGCUCUUUGAUUUAACCAUGUGGACUUGUUUCUUCAUGCUUGGUUAUGCCUUGAACCUUUGAAAUCUUGCUUUUCCAAUUAACCAUCCUACUGCAUUUACCCUGCUGCACCAACUUGUUGCAAAGCCAAAUCAACAAAAACACCAUCUCUAUUAGCUUCACAAACACAAAUUGGAGUCGCGCUGAACUCGCUUCAUCGUUAAAAAACGCUACCCUGAAAUCACCGCCGGAGUUUACCGUCUACCUCCAUAAACAGUGAGAAACUCGUCCAGAUCAAGAUGUCUCGAAGAUAUGAUAGUCGUACAACAAUCUUCUCUCCUGAAGGACGUCUUUACCAAGUGGAGUAUGCAAUAGAGGCUAUUGGAAAUGCUGGUACUGCCAUUGGAAUCUUGUUAAAAGAUGGGGUUGUUCUGGUUGGCGAAAAGAAGGUGACAUCCAAGCUUCUGCAAACCUCAACUUCAACUGAGAAAAUGUACAAGAUUGAUGAUCACGUUGCAUGUGCUGUUGCUGGGAUUAUGUCUGAUGCAAACAUCCUAAUCAAUACUGCUAGGAUCCAAGCACAUCGUUACUCAUUUGCUUACCAAGAGCCAAUGCCUGUUGAACAGUUGGUUCAAUCUCUUUGUGAUACCAAACAGGGUUACACACAAUUUGGUGGUCUCCGUCCGUUUGGAGUCUCUUUCCUGUUUGCAGGAUGGGACAAAAUUUUUGGCUUUCAGCUUUACAUGAGUGAUCCUAGUGGAAAUUAUGGCGGUUGGAAAGCCGGUGCUAUUGGUGCCAACAACCAGGCAGCACAAUCAAUUCUAAAACAGGACUCAAAAGAAAAAAGAACACACUAGACCUUACCAAGAUAAACUGUUUCCUAAUUGGCACUAGGGAAUUGCCUCCUCCGGUUGCACAACCAUAUCAAAUACUUCCUACUGCAGCAGAUGACAGAACACCAUCCUCAAAAUUGUUUAAGUUAAAAUCACCAUGUAUUCCUGUAUCAGACUUGCAGGUACCACCUGUGCAAGUUCCACGAUGUCCAAUAAUACCAUUGCUAGUUAUUGCUCCUUGGUUAAAUAAUUCAACAUGUUAAUCACACCAAAUAUAGCCAGUAACCGCUUGGGCGUAAACCAAGAAGUUGCAGGAGUCAUGGUAGGGACUUGGGUGGUUGGCUACCAAGCUGCUUAGUGAUGAUUGUCAUGUCAGAGAUGCGCAUAUCACCGUCAUCAUAUCCUCUUCCAUAGAAAUCCUUUGAAGCCACAUCCAGAGUUGAUAGACUAGAGGCAACAGAUGAAUAAUUGUUUGAUGGAUUCAAGUGAUCUGAAAUCCAUAACCGUGGAAACCGUUCUACUGCUACAAGAAAAGAUAAAUGAUGAAGAUGAUACGCCGGCAUAUCCGACUCUUUAAUUCUAUCUAAAGUGAUAAGGUGUAUUA